CCCGGGCGGAGAGGACAUGGCCGCCGCCGUCAGCGCCGGCAUCCUGGGCCUGGGCCGCGGGCGCAGGAUCCUCCUCCUGCGCCACACGCGGAGAACCUUCGCUUCGCAGACUGAUGGGGAAGCCAGGGUGGUGCAGGUCCUCAAAGAAAAAUUCCCUCGGGCUUCGGCCAUCAAAGUAGUGGAUAUAUCAGGAGGUUGUGGAGCAAUGUAUGAAAUUCAUAUAGAAUCUGAAGAAUUUAAAGAAAAGAGAACUGUCCAGCAACAUCAAAUGGUUAAUCAGGCACUAAGUGAAGAAAUUAAAGCAAUGCAUGGACUACGGAUAUUCACAUCUAUUCCAAAGCACUGAAGAUGAACCAGGCAGCAUUGUUAGAAACCUGUGUGGAGAUAGGACACCUAUGGGCAUGAGACAAAACAGGAAGUUUGUAUUAUGGACUUGUUUAUCUUUAAAUCAGUAUUUAAAGUUGUUAAAACAAAGACAGUAAGUAUUUCAGAAGCUAUUUAAAGAGAGAUCCUAUUUAAUUUUAACUUGUAGAUUGAUUUCUUAUCCUUUCACGAAGUACCUGAUGCCAGAUCUUAGUUGGUUACUUUAUCAAAAAACUAAUCACUGUAAGUCAAGGAUGGAACUGGAAUGCCAUGGUUUGUGGAGCAUGUUGCAGAGGGUAGUAUUGGCUUCCAAAGUAUCUUUCAGUACUAACGUCUAGUGGAAAAGGACCACAGCAGUGAUGAUUCUACAAAAGAGAUCAUGAACCAAAUAAACCAAAAUAAUAAUGUAUGUUUGUGCUAUGUGCUUGACUCAUGUUCUGUUUUAGCUCAGAGGAAAACAGGGCAGUGGGGAAACUGCAGCUUACAAAGAAAUUACUUCAGAGGCUGUAGAGUCCCCUAUUCAAUGUGCCUUCUCAGUCAGUCAUCUUACUUCAAACAUGGCUUUGUAAGAGAAGCUUGCAGGAUAAUCCUGAGUUGUCUGGCACAGCUACUGAAUAUGAAAUUAAGACUGUUUCUUUUUAAAUGAAAGGCUUUGUUACAUUA